UAAUACAGACAAAUACCUCUAUCUGAAUUUUUAGUUUGGUAAUAAUUGUUAUUUAUUAGGGAACUUCUGUGUAGUGGAAUUGUCUUUAAUUUUCUUUUGUACCUACUAUGUUCAUUUUAGUUUAACAGAGUAUACCUUUACUAAUACCAAUUUCCAAAUGUUCCUAAAAUGAAACUUAAGUAAUAUGGGGGAGAGUAUAGUGUAUUCAUUAUUAUUUAUGAAAUGUAACUUGGUGAGUUUGCAUUUAAUAUAAUAACAGUGAAUUUUAUUUUGCAAACAAAUGACAGAGUUAAAAUCCAGUGUGAAACGAAUAUUUUAUUAGAGAUCUACAGAUUUUUUCCCCCCCUCUGAUGCUAGGGCAUAUUAAACCUAACAAAAACAUAACUGAUACAAAGUUUUAUUUAUUUAUUUAUUUUUGGGUCAGGGGUCAGGGUCAUGUCUCUGAUUCAUGCUUCAGUAAAAUUCAGUUUAAUGAGCAAUGUGUCCUGACUGUUUCUGGAAGUCUCUCGAAAAUGGCUUGCUAUGAAUCCACUAUGAAUAGUUAUCCAGCUGCCAACUUUAGCCUUUGCUCAUAAUACUUCUAUUUCAAAGGAUAUAUUUGACUCGUGGUUCAUAUCUGUUUCAUUAAGGGCUGGAUUCUGACACCCUUACUCAUGUUGAGUAAUCCCUUACUUUGCAGGUAGUUUGAAUGAGUCUAUGUAAUGAUGGCAAAAUGAAGCCCCAGUGACUAAAAGCAACAGUUGUUUCUUUCAGUCUGACAGCUGCAAGCACAACUUUUCUCUUCACACCAACCAUUCUAAAUUCCAGCUUGUAAGUGUAUGUACCUAUAUUUAGCUGUCAGGAUUAAAUUGCAGAGCCUUCAGGCUGGGGAAAGCACAUUGAUCUGCCUUUUUUACAGACAGACCUUGGUGCCGACAACAGCUAACGUUUUCAGUGCCUCCCCCCAACCCAAGUUACUCACAAAAUGGAUUCCCAAAGGGAACUCACUGAAGAACUUAGACUUUAUCAAUCCACCCUUCUUCAGGAUGGCCUCAAGGAACUCUUAGAAGAGAAAAAGUUUGUAGAUUGCUCCCUAAAAGCUGGUAACAAAAGCCUACCUUGUCACAGAUUGAUUCUGUCAGCUUGUAGUCCUUAUUUCCGUGAGUAUUUCUUAUCUGAGCAAAGCGAAGAUAAGAAGAAGGAGGUCAUUCUAGAUGAUGUUGAUCCCAACGUCUUGGACUUGAUCAUCAAGUAUCUUUAUUCUGCAAGUAUUGACCUCAAUGAUUCUAAUGUGCAAGAUAUUUUUGCUUUGGCCAGCCGUUUUCAAAUCCCUUCUGUAUUCACCGUGUGUGUCUCCUAUCUUCAGAAAAGACUGGCUGUUGGUAACUGUCUUGCCAUCCUUCGAUUAGGUCUCCUCCUUGACUGCCCAAGACUUGCUUUCUCUGCUCGUGAUUAUGUGUCAGACCACUUUGUGCAGAUUUGCAAAGAAGAAGACUUCAUGCAGCUUGCCCCCCAUGAGCUUAUAUCAGUUAUUUCACCUGACAGCUUAAACGUCGAAAAAGAGGAAGUAGUGUUUGAAGCAGUAAUGGAGUGGGUCCGAACAGACAAGGAGAACAGAGUAAAGAGCCUGGGAGAAGUUUUUGACUGCAUUCGUUUCCGUCUUAUGUCAGAAAAAUAUUUCAAAGAGCAUGUUGAGAAGGAUGAUAUUAUCAAAAGCAACUCAGAUCUUCACAAAAAACUCAAGGUUAUUAAGGAUGCCUUUGCUGGAAAAUUACCCGAACCUGCCAAAAGCUCAGAAAAGUCAGGGAAAGGGGAAAUAAAUGGUGAUGUAGGGGAUGAAGACUUACUCCCUGGAUACCUAAAUGACAUUCCUAGGCAUGGCAUGUUUGUCAAAGACCUAAUUCUUCUAGUCAAUGAUACAGCUGCAGUGGCUUAUGAUCCCCUGGAGAAUGAGUGUUACCUGGCAGCCCUGGCAGAACAGAUUCCCAGAAAUCAUUCCAGCAUAGUCACCAAACAGAAUCAGGUCUGUGUUGUUGGAGGCCUUUAUGUGGAUGACGAAAACAAAGAUCAGCCUUUCCAGUCAUACUUUUUCCAGCUGGAUAGCGUUGCUGGUGAAUGGGUCGGACUUCCUCCACUGCCUUCAGCCAGGUGUCUCUUUGGACUGGGAGAGGCAGAUGGCAAAAUCUAUGUAAUUGCAGGCAAGGACCUUCAAACAGAGGAAUCCCUAGAUUCAGUAUUGUGCUAUGACCCUGUGGCAAUAAAAUGGAAUGAAGUCAAAAAACUUCCAAUCAAAGUAUAUGGCCAUGCUACAGUCUCAAACCAUGGGAUGAUAUAUUGUCUUGGAGGAAAGACUGAGGACAAAAAGUGUACUAACAGAACGUUUAUAUACAACUCCAAGAAGGGAGAUUGGAGAGAUCUGGCCCCCAUGAAAAUAGCUCGCUCAAUGUUUGGUGUGGCUAUCUAUAAAGGGAAAAUUGUAAUUGCAGGAGGUGUUACUGAAGAAGGCCUUACAGCCUCUGUUGAAGCUUUUGACCUUGCCACUAACAAGUGGGAGCUUAUGCCUGAGUUUCCCCAGGAGAGAAGCUCUAUCAGUUUAGUCACCUUGAGUGGAUCCCUUUAUGCUAUUGGUGGUUUUGCUAUGGUUCAACUUGAAUCUAAUGAAUUUGCACCCAGUGAAGUCACUGACAUAUGGAAAUAUGAUGAUGAGAAGAAAGAAUGGAGCGGCAUAUUGAAAGAGAUUCGUUAUGCCUCUGGAGCCUCCUGUCUUUCAACACGGUUAAAUCUAUUCAAGCUAUCAAAGCUAUAAACAAAAAGGCUGAAAAACUAAUUAUGAGACCUGUGGAAAGCAGCAAGAGUUGUGAGCACCAGCAAGAGCCUGCUGUUCAACAGUUCUCACAGGCUGUGUGUGAAAAGCAAGGCUAUUUAGAGCUAGACAGAGCUAAUUUUGUAUGCAUUAUUGAAACAACUAGGAGCCAGAAAUGAAAAUGUAUCAAAGGCCUUGAUUAUUGUAUAUUCUAUUUCUAUAAUAAUUAUGAUACAGGUUUCAUAAUAAAGUCUUUGCCCAAAAUGUAA